UCGGCUCGGCUCGGCUCGGCUCGGCUCGGCUCGUUGCUUACGUUUCGGUUAACCGUCGUCUACUGCCGGCAGCCGAUUCGCUCGCUGGGCGCCAGCGAACAUCACGGUUGUGAAAUUAGCAGCAGAUGA